UGAAACGCGCCCCGGCUGCUCCUUUUUCUUUUUUCUUUCUUUCCCUUUUUUUUUUUUUUUUUUUUUCUGUGGAGCCUCCAAAAGGCUCACUCGCUCCUUUCAUCUGCCGCCGCGGCCCAAUGGGAAGGCGGAGGCUGCCUGCAAGUGGUCUAAUCUCAAUGAGGUGUCAAUCAUGUUCCCCGGUGGGUGAAGUAAGGUCUUUUGUAACCGCCUCUGUCUUUGGGAAAGAGAGGAGAGAGGAGGAAGACUGGAGCGGAGAGGGGGACGCCGGACCGUGCUGCAGGAGAGGAGCUGAGAUUCGAUCUCGCUUGUGCGUUAGCAGGGGGAAGCGGAGCACAUGGAUUUCUAAACACGCUGGGAUUUUAUAUAUCUACAAAAAUAACAACAAGCGAGCCUGACCCUACCGCAAACAGUCAAAUGAAUCGUAAUUGCAGAUCAAUGCAGAGAGAUGGGGAAACUUCACUCCAAACAUGCUGCCGUUUGUAAACCCAGAGAAAGUCCAGAAGGUGAUAGUUUUGCGGUGAACGCCUCCCUGGCUCGCAAAGGGCUGGAGGACUGGAUGGUGAAGCAGAAAUACUCCGGGGGCAGCAGCAGCGGAGGCAGCAGCUCGGGACUCCAGCAAGGCUGCCAGCACCGGGCUGUUUGCAGGCUCUCCAGCGCCAGGGAUUUAUCUGGGGAAGGCUACAGAGACACUAUUGGUGAUGAACACUUUCAUCUAGAAGUGGCUUUGCCUCCAGAGAAGACAGAUGGAGUUUGCAGUGGAGAUGAAAAGAAAGCAGAAAAAGAAAGUGAUGCACGCACAGGUUCCAAGAAGCAGCUGAAAUUUGAAGAAUUGCAAUGUGAUGUGUCUGUAGAGGAAGAUAACAGGCAAGAAUGGACCUUCACACUGUAUGACUUUGAUAACAACGGAAGAGUCACACGUGAGGAUAUUACCAGCUUACUUCAUACCAUCUAUGAGGUAGUUGAUGCAUCAGUAAACCAUUCUCCUAGUUCCAGCAAAACUCUGCGAGUGAAACUUACUGUGGCACCAGAUGGCAGCCAGAAGAAAAAGAGUAUCUUGCUAAAUCAUACUGAUUUGCAGAGUGCCAGGCAUAGAGCUGAAAGCAAAGCUAACGAAGAAGUAAGAAGCUCUGAGAAGAAGCAGCGGGCUUCUCUCAGAUAUCACCAGAGUGAGAACAGUCCAGAGCAAAGUGGGUGCUAUCGUCAUUGUGUUGAUGAGAACAUUGAAAGGAGAAACCACUAUUUGGAUCUUGCAGGAAUAGAAAACUACACAUCAAAGUUUGGGCCAGGAUCUCCUCCAGCAGCUCAAAAACAUGACCCACCAAGCAGAGUUGUGAAUCAGACUAGAUCCCGUUCUCAUGAACCUGAUACCUUCCAUGCUCACCAUAGGAAAUCUCAAGUGGUGGAUCCAAGCCACAUCAAUCUGGCUGAGAGUUCAUAUGCCAAGAUUGCAGAAAUCCAACAGAGGCUCCGGAACCAGGACUCAAACAAGCACUUUGUGAGGUCCCCCAAGGCCCAGGGCAAAAACAUUGCCCCUGUGCAUCCUGGAAGGGCAGUAAGAAAUAAACCUUUUCAAGGGGCGCCCAUGCCAAUGGCUUCCCCAAGUGCACGGGUGGGCCAGAAUCUUCCUUACCUCCCCUUGCAAUCUCAACAGGUUCACAAGAAGCAUAAGCAGAGGGCAAAGGAGAACCACCAAAUGUGCAAAACCUUCCAGUCUCCAGGGACAGUUGUGGAAAAGGAACAUGUGAGAGACCUGCCCACAGUCAUUCUAUAUGAAGGCCAAGUUGGACAAAUGAUACAAAGACACGAACACCACCACCACCACGAGCACCACCACCACUACCAUCACUUCUACCAGACAUAGAAGAGAUCCCACCAACAUCCUCCAAGAAUCAUCCCAUAUGAAGGAAAUGCGUUCUUGUGAUACCAGAACUAAGGCAUUACUACGAUUAAUAUUAUUGUUACUCCAUUAAUAUUCAGCUAGCAUAUAUUUUAGAGGUUAUAUGGAACUCUUGAAACUUACCCUAUUUAUAUGUUGUGGAACUGCAUAGCUUACUUAAACACCUUGUGGUUUGGGGGUUUUUUGUUUUGUUUUGUUUGGGGUUUGUUUGUUUUGGUUUUUUUAAACUGGCUUGUAAAACAGCAAACAGCCAUAGCUUUUUGAGCUGUGAUUUAAUACAGGUCGUCAACGCACUUCUUUACAAGUACUACUUCCAUUGUAGUAGGAAAGAUACUUCAAACACUAUUGCAGACAUCUAGCUUACCAGUCUGCUCUAUGUCGGCUGAUCGCACACAAGCCUUUUAUCAGGGGAGCAAUGUUCGAAGGGUUGGACUCCAGAGAUACUCAGAAUAACAGAAAAUACAAACAGCUGCUACCUCUAGUAUUAUUCAGAUUUUAUUUUCUUUUUAUUGAUUGUAAUGUGCUACAGGGGGGGAUUUUAAUAUACUGCAUUCAUGUAGCCUGUUUGUGUUCACAUCCUUUCAAAUUAUCUUAAUAAUUACAAGUAAAUAUUAGCUAUACUUGUCAACAGAGCUACAUUUGUAUGACUUACACUUUAUUGGAGAUUCUUCACUGACACAAGUACAGUCUGUUAUAUACUGGGUAAUAUUUAAAUAUACUUCUUUUAUUUUUGUUUUUUCUCUUGCUUACUCUCCAUUCUGUUUGGGGUAACCAUUUGAAAAGAGGAGGAUGUGAAAUGGGGUUUUCAAAAGCAUCACUAGACUUUAGCGCUUGGGCCAUAAGUAUCAUUCAUGGGCGUUUGAGAAGGAGAGGGGUUGUUUGGGGGUUUUGUUUUGUUUAAAUCCACAGUUCUUUGUUUUGAGGAAGAAUUGAGGAAAAUAUACUUUCUCACUUUAAAUGUUGGCAAAUAUAUAUAGAAUAUAAAUAUAAAUAUAUAUAUAAAUAUGCACACUCUCAGGUACAUUUUGUUGUGUUUUAGAAAUCUGUGGUUUGAAUAUUAACAUUAUAGGGUUUUUUUCCACAACAGUGACUUUUUAGAAACAUAUGCCAUGGCAUUUUCUUAGGUGCCUCCAAUUUAAAUUUCCCCAGCACCUACCAAUUUGUGCUUCUCCCAGUUUAGAGACAAUUCAACAUGUAAAAAAAUAUCAUUCACAAUCAUUCUGGCCACUUCUACUUUUUCUGUAUCAAAGGGCUUCCAUUCCAUGAAGGCAAAUGAGACCAUACUUAGAAGACCUUACCGGCUGCUCAGAAAUGUGAAGGUCAAAAGCAAAUUGGAAAAGUGAAAAAAAGGGUCAGUACAUUCAAGUUUUACUUUCUGUGGGGCCCAGAUUUAUAAUACAUUCAGUUGGGUUUUGUACAGAUCACCAUUUUGCAGGUAAAAAGUGACUGAAAAACACCUACGUUGCUUUUGGAACUUUAAAGUAGAAAACUCCUCACAUAAAAACAUAAUUGUUCUAUAAACAUAUUUGCUUUUGGUUUUAAUUAUUUUAAAUGUUGUGGUAUUUUGUCUAUAGUAUAUAUUGUAAAAUGUAACUAUCCCCCAUUGUUGUAAGCCCUUUAUGAUUAGGGUAUUUUUUUUUUUUUUACUAGAGUUUUGAUCAGUCCAAAAUGGGGUAUUACCUUACUGCUGUCCAGUUUUAGAGAGAUGUUGUCCUUUCUAAGAACGUGGAGACAUCAGCUUUCAAAGAGAAGUGGAAAGCCUUGCCUUCUUGUGGAAUUGGAAUAGAAUCACUGCUUCAUGGUAAUUAGGUCCAUCUCUUGUCUCCCUGGAUCAGCAGUUGUUUAGACUUAUUGUCCUCUUUAAAAAAUAUGGUUUAUUUUAUUUUUUUUUUAGCUGUCAGCAGUGUGUUCUGUUAAAUCUAACAAAAUGUUUUAAAAUGUGUUUGGUCUGUGUGACAACUGUACUGUUCUGUUUAUUUUUAAAAUUCCUAAAGUCCAAAAAUAUUUAUAUGCAGAAUUUUCUGUAUUGAAAAUAUGAAAAGGCCACAAAUUUGGUUAGUUACCACUGAGUUGUUCUAGUCUAAGCCUUUUUUGCUGCUUGUGUAUCAUUCUUUUUCAAUGUAUAUAUAAUUAUGGACUGCAAAAAAAAAAAAGGCAUUUAUAUGUCUAGUAGAAGGAAUAAGCUUAUUUAUAUUAUAGUGUUAACAAAGUCUGAUGUAUUCAAGUGACUUACGUUAUACCGCAUGCAAACACACAAGUGUACAUUCCAUCUAAGAAGGGAUGCCAUGCUAUUUGUUUUGAAGAUGUAAUUAAAGCUGUUCUCUUUUCAGUAGAGCAUAUGCCAGAAAGACUGGGAGGUGGGAAUUGUUUCUUAGUCAAUUUUUUUAAUGCUGAUUGUUGCUGAAAACCAGAAAAGGUUCUGGAAAACUAGAGUGCUUUCAGAACUGUGGGUUUUUCUAAGAAAGGGCAGCAAAGGGGCAUAAAUGCUCUUUCACCCAAAGAUAGUUUGCUGGAAAAGAUAACAGCACCAAUAACAAAAUCCCAUCUGAUUGAAAAGUGUGCAGUACUAGCUGUGCCAAGUGAACUCUGAAAUGUAACACAACUGACCAUUGGUUACAACCUUGCAUUGAUUUGUUUCGGUUUAUUAUAUUUGGAGAUUCAAAAGACAAAUUCUACCUUGCUCAGACUCUGUGAAAUACAAAUGCAUUUUAAUAACGUGGCAUCCCCAUACUAAAACUUUACACCAGCCGUGUAUGAACAUACAGUAUCUAAAUACUGAGUUGCAGUUGUGUUACGUGCAUUAAGUGUGAAUAACAUGUAGCACAGUUUCUUUUCACAGAACCUUAAAUUUCCGUAUCUUUUAAAAAUGUUUGCUUUUCAGUAUUUUGUAUAGUAAAUAUAGAUGGUUUUGACUAAAUGCUUUAUUUAUUUAACAGCAAAAACUGUGCCAAGAGAACCCCCUGUUAAUUAAAGUUUUACUAGUUCAGAAAGUAUAUUUCCUUCUUGUUAUUGUGGAUUUCAGGGGCUUAUUGCAAUUGCUGUCAGUGCUUGCAGAUCCCACUGAUGAAAGACCUUGCAUUAACAUUUUUGGGAACAGGAUCAGGCCAUAAGGUAUGGACUGGGCAUGCUUUGGUUUUAUAUUUAAACUAUCAAGUUUCAAAGUUAAAUUUCUUGUCCCCUACUGUUAGACCUGUGUUGAGUAACUGAUUUUUCAGCUUGUUAGUAAUUCUGAAAACCUUUUUAAAAAAAAAAAAAAAAAAAAGAUAUAUAUUAUUUUAAGUUGCUCAAAACUGUGGCUGAAUCAAAAUUUAAAAUAGAUUAGUUUCUGGUUAAACAAAACAUUUCAUUUUCAAGAAAAAAAAUAAUUCAGAGUUAAGUAUAUUAUUACUAUUUAAAAGUAACAUGGAGUGGCAUGAAGAAAUUUCAAAUGAAAACUCCAGCCUUCUUACUCACUUAUUCUGUUUUUACACAAAGCAAUUCCACAAAACUAAGCCUAUCCCAAAAUUUGCAUUAUUUGCUGAAAAAAUUUCAGCUGAAGAAUUUUGCUUACCUCUACCAGCUGUGAUUUUUGGGAAGCCAGGUUUUGAAAAGAAGGAUUGCUAAGCCCUUCUCACAGCUUCAUGUCCACCUAAUACAAAGUAAACUAAGCUAAGAAUAACGAAGUAAAAUCUCUGUCCCAGUGAAAUCUCUGUCCCAGUGAAAUCUCUGGCAAGACUGCCAGAUUCCCACUGGCUUCAGGGUGCCUAUUAUUUCAUUCCAGGAAUGUGCGUUUGAAGUCUACAUAAUGUGCAGACAGUGAUUUCAGUAUUUAUUUUUUAUGCAUCUUACUGCUGAUGGUUUUGUAGUAGCUAAUAUUAAAUGGAAGUUUUACUGUAAGAGAUCAAGCUGUUAAGUUAAUUAAGAUUAACAGCAAAUACUGUGCUUUAUACUUAUGUCAUUGGAGGACCUCAAGGCACUUCCAAAUGUCUUUGAAACAUCCACACGUCAUUCAGUUACUGUUAGAAUUAAGACCUAAUUCUGCCCUUGGAUGGUGAAGUACAGGUUCUCCUGGCAUAUUGGCAGACCAGCCCCUUAAGGCCGUAACAAAUUAAAAAGCCACAUAUGUGACCUCUAUAACUGCCUUCCUACUCUAGUCAUCAUGAGCACAGAACAGCAAAGUAUAGCUGGAGAAGUACCUUAAAGGGGGGGGGGUGUGUGUGUGUAUGUGUGUGUGUGUGUCCUGUGGCAGAAGUUAGUGAAUGGCACAAGAUGGAUUCUGACAGAGGUGAUCUUUUAUAAAGGGAUAUGUACUGUGUAUGCUCAGCUGUCUACAAGAUGCCACACAAAUACACACAUAGAUGAAUGCUUACUGUUCUCCGUAUGUCAUUGUGUACCUCAAUUACUGAAUGACAGAUUUCAUUUGUAUUCCAAUUAACAGGAAAGUUAGGCCCCUUGGGGCCUAGAUUAUACUUGAGAAAAAUUCAUCAUGCUAGAAAAUUUGCAAAAACAUUCACCAUAAUUUUUGCCUGGAGUACAGGCAAGAAUGUUCAUGUUUGGAAAUGUGUCAGCUAAUCAAGUCUCACCUUUAAUUACCUUGAUGCAAUUAAUCAAGAUCUGAAAAUAGGUUUUCAAACAUGACUUAUUCAUGGUUUUACUGGGAAUCAAGUCAUAUUCAGCAUCCUGUUAGUUGUCAGACUUUUUUCUUAAAUGUACCAAGCAGAAACAUGUUUGAAAAUUCAUGAAAUAAAAAUUGAAUUUAAUGUGUUUUCUAAAUAGCUUCUGGAAGAAGACUUCUUUUCUGAUGCACUUAGCAGCAAAACCAGCCUCAAUUUAUCACAUAGUAAUUUAUUUUCUUUGGAUAUUUGACAGCUGUUCAGUUGAUUUAACUUGGAAGGGGCUGUUUGGGGAUUUUUUUGGCUUGUGUACAUUUAAAAUGUGCUCAAAAUGGGCUAAAAGGAACAGACAUAGAAAAGCAAAUAACUUUAUAUUGAAAUUAUUCAGUAGACAUUAAACUGCAUCUUAUUUGAAGUUUGGAUUAUAGUUAUUAAAUAAUGAGGUUUUCAAUGGUGUUUUAAUUUACUUUUAUAUUUCCAUGUAAUUCUAUAUAAUUUGAUCCUACUGAGCUAAAAUGAUAGAAAUCAUAUGGAUGAGGUCUUCUAAUUUCUUUUUUUUAAAUAGCAGGACCUAAGGACUAUUCAGAUGGAUUACUGUGAGGGUUAGAGCUGUGAAGAAAGACUGGCAAGGGAAGGAUGGAAGGAUUUGAGAAGUGUAGGGAUAGCACAGAACUGUCCAACAGAGGGGUGGGGGAGGCAGACAAGAGGCAGGAAAAUACUGUAUGGAGAAGCUAUAUUCAUAUUACUUUUUGGAAUCUCUUAUGGUAUAUUUAUUGCUCAUAAAAUAGCAACAGUAGUUCAUAGAAUGCUUUUCACUGGGAAAGCUUGAAAGACUUUCUAGAAGAGGUCAAUCUCCAGCAGCGGGAGGCACAAGGCAGGAGAGCUGUAGAUAAUCACCAGUAGGGCUGUGGCAGAAUAAGAAAUGAUGCCUCAGUUUCCUGAGUCCCUGUCCAAGCCGAGGAAAAUGUUGGCAGAAGCAGAGGUGUUUCUACAGAUCUUUUCAAUAUUCUUUAGAACAUGUUUUGAAUAGUAGCAUCAGUUCUUUUUCUGUUUGAUUACAAGCACAUGUUAAGUUGGUCAGAUGUUGCCCAAAGCUUCGAUAUCUGUCCUGAUUUUUCUGAACACUAAGCACUAACUAUGCCUUGGAAGUCUAGAAACACAAAGUAUAAUCUUUAUAUCACGAGAAAUGGCAGGCUGGACCUAUUGGUUGUCUUGUCUGAGAGCAGGAAGUUCCAGAAGUUUUGUUCCAGAAGAAUGCUGAAGACAUAAUGUUAAGGGGCUUCAUAAAUUUGGCAAUGGGCAAACAUUAACAAUAUCAGGCAUACUGGUAAUUAUGUGCACUGUGCUUUCUGUUUUUUACAACAUGCUUAUGAAGUGGGGUUUGUGUCUUCCUUUUGAGUGCCUAGUCCAUAUCGGCAAAGCAGCCUGUAAUUGCUACCAGCUAAGAGAUGUACUGUUUUGGUGAGCCUGUGCAUUGCGGAUGAAGAUACAGGGUUCAGAUCCUUCAGGUGCUAAGUGCUUAUUCUUGCAGUUAAUCCUUCCCAUUCUGUUCUAUUCACAAAGUAUAGUACGGUGAGCCUUUGUGAAUUUUCUAAUAAAGCACCUAACAAACUGGGCCAAAUUUGUCUUCAGCUUCACAAAUGGAAGCCAGAAGAGCCCCAUGCAUGUCUUGGAAUUCGGACCUUCAAAUGCAGUUUGCUAUAUGAGUCAUCAUUUUUUCUUGUACUAAUUUCAGAUAUUUGAUAAGCUCUUUUUAUGGUUUACAAGUUUAAAAAGACAAAUAAAACUUUGUAGAUUAAAACA